AUGAGCACCGCUGACAGCGCCCUCCUCUCGUUCAGCGUCAUGUGGACUGUCGACUUCUACAAGGCAUACCUGCGCCCCAACGCCUCUCAUAGGGAGCUCCUUUUCUUCGGCCGCGCCGCCUCCGUCGUCGGCCUCGCUAUCGGCGUCACCCUCGGACUGCUCACCAUCCAGACCGGCACCCCGAACCUCUCGGCGCUCUUCUCGCUGCAGAACGUCACGCCGAUCCACGUCGCGCCGGCGGUCUGGCUCGGGCUGCACUGGCGGGGGCUGCGGGGCGAGGCGGCCGCGGCCGGCAUGGUCGCCGGGCUGGCCGUGACCAUCGGGCUCGUGUUCUCGCCGCUCAACACGGGGCUGUCCAAGGGCCUCGACUCGACCGCCUGCGGCCUGUCGACCGCCAUGAUCGGCUUCUGCGUGAACCUCUUCGUGACCGUGGCCCUCGGGCUGCUGCUGCAGUGGCGCCCGACGCUCUUCGGCGACGCCGCGGCGGCCGCAUCCAAGGCGUACGACCGGCUUGACAUCGGCGCGAAGCGCGACAAGAUGCUCAACCCCGUUUUCAUUGGGGCGAUGCUCCUGCUGCUGCUGUUCACGGCGCCGUUCUGCUUCCCGACGGGGUCGGCCAACGCCUUUGUCGGCGACAUGGCGGCCUGGGCUUUCGUGGCGCUCUUCCUGUCUGGGGUGCUGGCCAUCAUCACGGCGUGCGCCUACAUCUUCCUGUGGGAGGACUACCAGGAGCCCGGGAGCCACCUGCCUGUGGAGGCAUCCGACGCGAAGGACGUCGCAGACUUCGGCAAGCAGCCGGCCGGCAUCGCCGCCGACUGA